CCCAGGGGGCAACCCUAUAAAAGUGUAAAACCCCAAAGUAACCCCUAGUCACUAUUUAUAACCUUCAUUCACCAUUUUCUUCUUCUUCUUGCUUCCAUAAACCACACUGUUGCAGCUGAUCAAUUGGAUGAUAUACGCCGCAAUAAUUACGUGAAUAUUGCGGUUGCAGGUUUUCAAUUGGAUGAUAUAGGCCUGCAAUUUUUACGUGAAGAUUGCGGUUUUGUUUUGUUAGUUAGGGUAUUUUGAUGGCUUCUAGAGCAAUAUUGAGACGGAGGCGUGUUCUUUCGGAUUAUUUCUGUAUUUCGGGUCGCUCAGUUCAAGGUCUGAGCCAUGGGAUAGCUGCCACAUACUCUGACUCGUGUGCUUCUAGCUCUUCAAGCUCGGUUCCAAAUAACACUAAAUAUAACAACGCAUACUUUACAAGGGAUGAGGAUUUUAAGAACUUAUCUGCACUAGGAUUGUUUAGGACUCAAAACUUUCAUACGCUUACCAGACAUGGAACAUUGGGGAAUACGUUACCCACGAGGGUUAAUUUGGUAUUUCAAUGUUCAAGUUUUGGUACAAUGGCCACAGCACCUAAACCGAAUUUGAGUAGUGAUGAGGAGGAUAAAGAACAAGUUGCUAAGAAGCGGAAGGAAGCGUCUCCCGAGGAAUGUGAUCAAGCUGUUGAAGGUUUAACGAGCGCGAAAGCAAAAGUUAAAGCCAAACUGGGGAGUGAGUCUCAGAAGCCGGCUAGUUCCAUUUUGAAAAGAACUUGGGCAAUGCUGUUGGGGAUUGGUCCAGCUCUACGAGCUGUCGCUUCUAUGAGCAGGGAAGAUUGGGCUAAGAAACUCGUUCACUGGAAAAAUGAAUUUGUCGAUACCCUGAAGCAUUACUGGUUGGGUAUCAAGCUUCUUGGUGUUGAUGUGAAAAUCAGUUCUAGAUUGCUUCUUAAGCUUGCUGGCGGAAAGAGUCUUUCUAGGAGAGAGAGACAACAACUGACACGUACCACUGCAGAUAUCUUUCGGCUAGUUCCUGUUGCGGUUUUCAUUAUUGUUCCGUUUAUGGAAUUUUUGCUGCCCGUAUUCUUGAAACUCUUCCCCAAUAUGUUGCCUUCUACCUUUCAGGACAAGAUGAAAGAACAGGAAGCACUGAAAAGGAAGUUGAAUGCAAGAAUAGAAUACGCCAAGUUUCUUCAGGAUACAGUUAAAGAGAUGGCCAAAGAGGUCCAAAAUACGAGGAGUGGAGAAGUCAAGAAAACCGCAGAAGAUCUUGAUGACUUUUUGAACAAGGUCAGAAAAGGUGCUUCUGUUGCCAAUGAGGAAAUUUUGGGAUUCGCAAAGUUGUUCAAUGACGAACUUACCCUUGAUAAUAUCAGCAGGCCUCGUUUAGUGAACAUGUGCAAGUAUAUGGGAAUCCAACCUUAUGGAACAGACGCGUACUUGCGAUACAUGCUGCGCAAAAGAUUACAAUGGAUAAAGAAUGAUGAUAAGAUGAUUCAGGCAGAGGGUGGUGUGGAUGCUCUUUCUGAAGAAGAACUUCGUGAAGAUUGUAGAGAACGAGGCAUGCUUGGAUUACGUUCAGUGGAGGAAAUGCGUGAGCAGCUCCGUGAUUGGCUGGAUUUAUCUCUUAAUCACUCUGUUCCAUCUUCUCUCUUGAUUCUUUCCAGAGCCUUUACUGUGUCUGGAAAGUUAAAGCCUGAGGAAGUUGUAAGAGCCACUUUGUCUUCAUUGCCAGAUGAAGUUGUGGACACCGUUGGUGUUACUGCGUUGUCAUCCGAGGAUUCUGUUUCAGAGCGGAGGAGAAAGUUGGAGUUCCUUGAAAUGCAGGAGGAACUCAUCAAGGAGGAGGAAGCAAAAGAAGAAGAAGAGCAAGCCAAGAUGAAACAAUCUAUUAGUAGCAACAAGGAUGUUGCAUUAGAAGAAAUGGUUAAUGCAACAGCUUCAGAUAUGCAAGAACAAGCUAGAGCAAGUGCACUAGAUAAACAGGAGCAGCUUUGCAAAGUCAGUGAAGCUUUGGCUGUUCUAGCUUCUGCAUCUUCUGUGAGUAGAGAGCGUGAAGAGUUUUUGAGGCUUGUCAACAAGGAGAUAAAUUUGUAUCAUAGCUUGAUGGACAAAGAAGGAACGGAUACCGUGACGGCAUAUAAAGCUGCCCAUGAGGAAACCGAUAAUUCCACUGAUGAGCAUGUAACUGAUGAGGUCUCCUCAGCCCUCAUAAAUAGGGUUGAUGCUAUGCUCCAAAAACUUGAGAAAGAAAUUGAUGAUGUGGACGCAAAGAUUGGUGAUCGUUGGCGAGUGCUUGACAGAGAUUAUGAUGGAAAAGUUACCCCUGAAGAAGUUGCAUCUGCAGCCAUUUACUUGAAGGAUACUUUAGGCAAGGAAGGCGUUUUAGAGCUUAUCAGCAACCUUUCCAAAGAUAAGGAGGGGAAGAUUCUUGUGGAAGACAUAGUGAAGUUGGGGAGUCGGGCAGAAGAUGAUUGAUUUUGUACAAACCCUAGACGAUAGUAUUACAACAUACAUUAAGCUUGGGAUGUUGUAGAGAGUCCAGAUUCGACUAUUAUAUUGUAGGCAUGUUUAAAAGGAGUGACCAAAGUUUUGUAAAAAGUUAGUGAAUUUCAAACAUAUAUAUAUAUAUACCCCGACUUCCAUAUAA